CUGAAACUUCAAUGUUUAUUAUUGUUUUCUGCUUGAAAGUGCAAUUUUGAGCAGAAAAUUAAAAGGUUUUCGUUGGUUUAUUCCGAUUUCUUCGAUUUGAUUCUAAUUCCCCGCCAGAAAUAAAGCAUACACGGAGCUCGCAUUGAAAUAGCCCACGGAAGAAAUGGACAGCUUCACAGAUGACGAUUUCAAUGAAGAAUUCCAUUUCGAAAACAUCGAAAUGUUGGAUGAAGACGCUGAUCUCAGUUUUAUUGAGGAUGAGAAUGGCUUGGAAGAGGAGCAGAUACAGGAAACUACAUCGUGCCUAUACAGAUGUCGCUUGUUGGCAUUCGUUCGACAGUUUAAGGGGCAAUCAUCCGGAGCUCACAUUGCCCACUGGGACGUACAAGCAAAGUCCGUAAACGACUUCCUGCGCAAAGUUUGGAUUUUGGCCAAAUCUCAUUUGCUUCGCGAAGUUGUGUUUCACCAGCAAGAAGAUGGAAGUACUGUUCCGAAGUGGUCAGAUAAGGAGGAACCGGAGGAAAGCGAUUUCAACAAAUUUGCGAUUUUUUAUGAGAAGCAAAACAGGAAGUACACUAUGCUCGACAAGAUAACAACCAAUUUGCUGCACAGCUGGAGGGACAAGGAAAUCCAUGUUUUACUUCAUGUGUACUCGCUAUCAGUAAGCUCGAGAAAAAUCUUCACCACUGUCAAACAACAUUUGAUUGAUCCCUCAAAUCGUGACAAAUCUGGUGCAGCAUCAACGCAGAUUGUGGUUGAGUUAUCUCGCGAUCUACGCAGGGAGCAUGGGGAUCGAUGGGAUGCGCAUGAAAUCGUUUGGACGAUGUGGGCAUCAGCAAUAUUAUCGUCACCUGCUCAUUCACAAGGGUCCAUGAAAACAUCUGCAACACCUCUUCAAAGCAAAAGACGGCGCAAGAAUCCAGCAUAUCAAACGUGGAUUGGUCAUCGCUCAUAAUGUCAAUGCAACAUUUGGGGAGGAAAUUGCAGCUGCUAAGGAGGCAUUCUUGGCUGUAGAAACAGUUCAAAAGGAACUAUGCCUUAAAAUGGCACAUCUCAAGAUGCGUAUCGAUUCACUGGAACAGCGAGAGUGAUUGGGGGAAUCAUUUCUCGAUGCAAUGGAGGCUUCAGUGGCUGUAUCAAAUUGUGAAUUUAGCGAAGGUAUUGCCGCUAAAGUAACCGAUAUGCCAGAUGUAGAUCAUGAGUAACUUAAUGUAAAAGAUGGAACUGUAAUUCGUCUUAUGAUUUUUUAAUACAUAAUUAUGUACUUUUUCUUUGUCUGAAAAUCAAUAAAACAUUGGUUUAAACGUU